AAAGAACGAGUCCUACGGGUUUGCUUUCAAAGAUUUAAUUCUGAGUCAGUUUUCUAAAGAUCCAUCCAUGGAUCUCCAAAGAGCUAGCAAAGAGUAACUUCAAUAGGGAAUGGCUUUAAAAAUCAAAAUGUGCAAUCCCAUUUAAUCAAGAAAGUGCUUUUGUUAGAUAAAGUUAUUAAUAAAUUUAUCUAUUGAAGAUUUUAAUGCAUUGAAGUUUAGUAAAUAAUCUGUUCAGUAUUAUUAUUUCUGUUACUCGAUUAAAUUAUUUACGUUGACCAAAUGGAGGAACAAGAUUUUAAUUUUAUUUUUGGUAGGCUGAUCAAAUGAAGGAAUUUCAACCCUCAGAAAGUAUUUAGUAGUUUGAAUGUAGGAUGAUUUCUCUAAAAUGGACCUAACUGAGACAACAAAGUCAAAAGCCACACCACAAUAAAGCUGGAGUUGAGGUGACAACUUCAGUAGCCAUCCGCGUGACCUGCAAGACACUGUGACGCCUUCUGGUAAAAAUUCCAAAACCCCAUCAAUGUCUGUUUGUUUUCUUCUUGCCACAGGUUCAAUCCGAUUACUUUGGUCCUCACUCACUCACAUUCCAUUACCUCUAGCCGAAUAAACCUUCGUCAACCAAAACAAGUCCUUCUUCUCUCAUGUAAACAUGAAUCUCUCCUUUUCAAAGCUCCCUAUCCUCCUCAGACCUUUCCUCCUUUCUCUCAUUCUCUCCGUACUGUUUCUAGCGUUCUUAGCCACCCAAUCCCCUCACCACCGUCUGAAAACCGCCCUCAUCCAGAACUCUAGAAAUCCUCCUUCCAGCAACAAUUCCGCCGGCGGCCUUCGUAUCCGACCAGGUUACUCUUCCUACAAUGCAUACAUCGAGCGCCAGCUCACCAAAACCUUGAACCCCAAACUCCGAAAGAUAUGGACGACUCGCGACUGGGACAGGAAAGUCCGCGUCUUCGUCCGUUUCUUCGAAAGCCUAAAGCAAAGAAACCUUCUUUUCAACGAUUCAAAAGCAUUGUCCAUCGGAGCUCGAGUUGGGCAAGAAGUGGAGGCAAUGAGGCUGGUGGGCGUGUCGGACUCGGUCGGCAUAGAUUUGGUGCCCUACCCUCCACUUGUAGUAAAAGGAGAUUUUCAUGCACAGCCAUUUGAGAACCGGACCUUUGACUUUGAGUUCUCUAACGUGUUCGAUCACGCGCUGUAUCCCUGGAAGUUCGUCGGGGAGAUCGAACGGACGUUGAAGCCAGGUGGGGUUUGUGUUCUGCACGUGGCGUUAUCCCGACGGGCUGAUAAGUACUCGGCCAAUGAUUUGUAUAGCGUGGAGCCAUUGGUGGAGCUGUUUAAGGAGUCGGAACUGGUCGAGAAAACACUUGGCAGUAUACGUACGAAGUUAGUAUUUCCUUUAGUAUAAAUCUGCAUUGGGGUGGCAAGAGAUGAGCAAAAGCCUGUAAUUCAUGAGUGAAUAUAUCCAA